GUCAAAAGUCAGUCAACAAAAUUCUUGUUUUUGACGCCAUAUUUCUCGCCGGUUAGGUUAUAAAACAAUUACAUAAAAUUAAAUAGGUGGAAAGAGCAUCCGCCCACGAAAAAUCGUCUCGUUCACGAUAAGGCUAAAAGCCAUGGCGUGCGGCUCGAAGAAACGCAUCAUGGUGGAAACGAAAAACCUGUCUAAAGAUCCCCCUCCCGGUAUCAGCGCUACCCCAGAUGAGCAAAACUGCCGGUAUUUCCAUGUGUUGAUGUCGGGCCCCUCAGGGUCACCCUACGAAGGAGGGCUAUUCAAAAAGUUGGAGCUAUUCCUGCCAGAAAACUACCCAAUGUCCCCACCAAAUGUCCGGUUUCUAACAAAAAUCUUCCACCCCAACAUUGACAAAUUGGGCAGGAUCUGUAUGGACAUUCUAAAAGAUCAAUGGUCACCAGCAUUGCAAGUGAGGACUGUCCUUCUGUCAAUCCAAGCAUUGUUAAGUAGCCCAAAUCCAGAUGACCCUUUGGCCAAUGAUGUAGCCAACAUGUGGAAGACUAGAGAACAGGAAGCUGUACUCAAGGCCAAAGAGUGGACCAGGUUGUAUGCGAUGGAAUAAUGAAGGAGUACCACUGUUAAGUAACUGUACAGGGCAGUUUUGUAUGUUAUUUUUUUUAGUAAAAAGAACAGGAAGUUUAUGUUUAGUUUUGUUCAUUACUGUCACUUUAUUGAUUUUUAUUUUUAGCUGUUUCUUUCAAGCUAACAUUGACUCCUAAAAAUCAUAUAUCAAUUCAAAAAAAUGAACUAUUCUUUGGAGGCAGAUUUGCUUAAAAUUGAAACAGACUGGUUAACUUGUGUCUUAUAAUUAAAUUUUGAGAAUAAAUAGUAUUUCUUUUUAUAUACAAUUGCAUAAAUUUGACAUAGAAUUGCUUUGUGUGGUUCAUUGUGCUAGAAUCUCUAAAAGCCAUUUUAUAUAAGUGCAAUUUUAAUGCAUGUAGAUAUAUGAUAAAAAUAUGCACUUUAUAGUGAUAAAAAGUUGAUUUGUAUUAAUUUCAUCAUGGACCAUAUCAAACCUAAUGUAUUUCAAGGAUGUUAAAAAAUAUAUAUAAAUAAGAUCUUUGAGUAAUAUAUAAUGCAUGCACACAUCAAUCAAAAUAGGGUUUCCAAUUUAAUUUUGAUUCUUAUCUAUAAAGGUACUCAAAUUUUAAUUAUUUUACAUUUAUGUGUAUAAUCAAUGACAGUUGCAAAGAAAAACAAAACCAAAAAUAAAGUGAAGAGAAGGCAAAUAACUCACUUGAAUAUUUCUAAUGCUAUCACUUGAUAUUUUUGAAGCUAUUUAUGCAGCAGUUACAAGUAUGAAUGACAAUAAGAGUUCUGUUUUUUAAAUUUCGCAAUAAAAAUGUAUUAGUGUAGUAGUAUCCUUAUCCCCUGUACUAAAAUUGUUUUAUAUAAUAUGGCUCUGCUCUAGUAAAUAAAAUUAAUGCAUUUCUGCAAAUGACACUGGCCUAUGAAUAGUAUUUAAAGAUUAUAUGUACCUUCGUAUUUUUGUUACUGUCAGAAUGACUGACUGUGAUAUAAUGUGUUAUAUAUUGAUAUAAAUGGUAUGUACCUCGGUUCCAGAAAAAUAGUAACUUGCAAUUAAGUGCUAAUUCCAGCUUUGGUUGAUGAAAAAGGGUCAAUAACUUUUUAGCCUAUUUGCAUCAACUAAUUCAGGUAAAAUUAAUCUGCUAUAGCAUAUUAAAGUAUCAUGAAACAGAGAAAAAUAUUUAAAAAUGGACAUUUCUUUCUUACUGGACAGUAUAUUUUGGAACCUGUGGUAAACUUUUACCAACCAAACUUACAUCUUGACAAAUAUCUUGAUAAAAACCAUAACUAAAUUGUGGUACUGUCAGGUACCAUGCCGUUAAAUCCCUUUUAUAUGUACUCAAUUUUUGUUUUGUAGUGUGUAAACAUUCCUUAAAUUAUCCUAGGUAUUAUGUGAUUAUAAUCUUGACCUUGAAAAUGUUUAAUCUAUGGAUGCGAGUUGCACUUACGUCUGAACUGUUAACUGUAGUUCCAUUGUGUGAAAGUUUUAUAUAAAUAUUUUAAAAUAGAUUUCGAUUUUUAUUUGUGUAAGCCAAUAGCCCAUGCAAGCAAUUGUAGAUUGAAGCAUGUAAGAAACAUUCUUUCGAGACAACUCACUUUAGGGGUUAACUGUUUUGGUUGGAAUAUAUACCCUAUUUCACGAGGUAUCCAUCGCGCUUUGACGUCUACUGAGGUAAAAAGCUGAUCAGCCAGUGACAUCUUUUUUGUUUGUUUUUUGUAUGCAAAUGGCUACAUGGCGUUGUCGGAUCCGUCAGAAUUGUGUCCUUGUCGAUAUGGGGAAUUUUCAAGUAGAUAACCAGCUGCCAUUCAACCGUGAUGAAAUAGGCUAUAAGAAUGAUGUGCCAGUAACUGAAUUAAAUACAUUGAUAUAGUAUAUAAAAUAUAUUUUAUAGAUUGUACUUUCAAAUGAUAACAUUUCAGAUUAUGUUCAAACUAACAUUGUAAACAUGAAUGGUUUA